AUGGGUCAUUCUAAAAAUUCUCUCGUUCUUCUUCUAAUUCUUGCUUUAAUCUAUGGCGUUUCCUCCACCACUUUCACGGUGGUUAACCAGUGCAGCUACACCGUCUGGCCUGGUCUUCUCUCCGGCGCUGGAACCGCUCCUUUACCCACCACCGGAUUCUCCUUAAACCCGACUGAGACUCGUGUCAUCCCUAUCCCCGCCGCUUGGUCUGGUCGUAUUUGGGGCCGUACACUCUGCACGCAAGACGCAACAACCGGAAAAUUCACUUGCGUCACCGGUGACUGCGGUUCCUCAACCGUCGAAUGCUCCGGAUCCGGUGCCGCACCUCCGGCGACACUCGCUGAGUUCACUUUAAACGGAGCCGGUGGUCUCGAUUUCUACGACGUCAGUCUCGUCGACGGUUACAACAUCCCUAUGACGAUCGUUCCUCAGGGAGGCGGUGAUGUCGCCGGGAACUGUACUGUUACGGGCUGCGUCGCGGAGCUGAACGGCCCGUGUCCUGCUCAGCUGAAGGUGGCGACGACGGGAGCUGAAGGAGUUGCUUGUAAAAGCGCGUGUGAGGCGUUUGGGACGCCGGAGUACUGCUGCAGCGGCGCGUUUGGAACGCCGGACACGUGUAAGCCGAGUGAGUACUCGCUGUUUUUCAAAAACGCGUGCCCGAGAGCUUAUAGUUACGCUUACGACGACGGAACAAGCACUUUUACUUGCGGCGGAGCUGAUUACGUCAUCACUUUCUGUCCUUCUCCUAACCCAAGUGUGAAGAGUGCAUCGAAAGGAGGAUUUCAGCCCGAAGCGGUUAGCUACUCUGCGGCAUCUCCAAACGCGUCGCCAACUCUCUCUGCCGUGUUUUCGAUUGGCGUUUUGGCUGUGGCGUCUUGGGUUGUUCAACGCGCUUGGUGA